GUCUGAGGUCGGUGGAACUCUUGUCCCACACUAUUUUGAAUCCGUGUGGAAACAAUCAGCUGGCCUCAGUUGUCUCGUAACGCAGUGUAAACUGUUUAUUUAUAUGUCAAUAUAAUAAUGUUUUAGAGGUGUCGCUCUUCACUGACACUGUUACACAUACUGUUUGCUGAAGCGAGAAGCAUUAUCAUCAGCUCUGGGCUAGCAUCGCAGCUAAUGUUUCUCCAGUAAGUUAAUGACCAUGUUAGGCUUUUUAACGCCACAAACUCGUAAUGUUAAAGUAUUUAUCCAGGUGUUUAUACCGACAACUCGACAUAUAUGUUCCUCAGCCAACUGUCAGUCUGAGGAGUAUGUCCGCAAGUUUAUUUUAGAAAACACGGAGAUAGCUGGACAGCAGAGUCUGACCCCACAAGUCAAACUGAGGCUGUUCACUCCUAACUGUAGAUUCUGGCGAGAAAGACCCGAGCUCUGGCCUUUCGAAGACCCCUACUGGGCCAUAUACUGGCCAGGAGGACAGGCACUCUCAAGGUUUCUCCUGGAUAACCCUGCGGUGUGUCGGGGGAAGACAGUUCUGGAUCUGGGCAGCGGCUGUGGAGCCUCAGCCAUCGCUGCAAAACUGAGUGGUGCCACUCAUGUUGUUGCAAAUGACAUUGACACUGGUAUGUAUGCUUAUGAGUCAUGUGUCAAGCCAUUAUGUAUGUGGCUGGACCGCUGCAUCAAAACCCACGGUACCAAAGUCCUGAUCGGGGAUCCUGGAAGAGCCCAGUUCGAGGAACACGGCAUCCGACGCCUCCUGCAUCAGCUGGCUGAGUUUGAGCUGCCCAAGUCUGUCAGAGAGGAGAACUACGGUCUGACCUGCAGCAGCGUUUGGUGCUACCGUCCUGAACUCUAAGGACCGGAGAGGAUCCUCUGUGAUUUGUGAUGUCACAUGUUCACACCUCCCAGUACCGUGUGAGGUGUUAUGUGAUUACUCUGUAGUAGUUUUAUACAAUCAGGGUCACUUUGUUGUCACUUGGAAAUCUGUAUGACCAUCAGCAUCUGAAAGAUCUUGAUGAUUUAGCGUGUCACUGGUGACUUCCUCUACAUUCUUGCUGAACACUUUGAUAUUCAACAGGACAGACCAGCAGAAACUAAAAUGAAAGGAAAGCCAAUCUGAUUUACGACAAGGGUUUACAAUUCUAAUACUGAUAAGGAACCAGACCCCAAGACGCAGUCCUGUCUCAAGAAAGAAUAGGUACUGUUAGAAGUUUCACACCUUCAAACCCCCAUUUCCCCUGCUUUCUUUUCCUUUUGUCCUCAUUUCCACAUGUCCCUUCAAGUGAUCCGUCCUGACCUGCUUUGAUGAUGUGUAUUUUACUGAUUUACUUUACAAGGAGAUAUACAAAUGCAUGUGUAGACAUAUAUAUACGCACCUAUGUAUAAGUGUUUGUCAUUGUUAAAAAGGUUGACAUCUA